CCUACACAUUAUCAUAGCUCUCGAAGGUGUCAAACAAUUCCAAACUCCUCUCUCCUCUUCUUUCCCUUUCGACCUUCUCUCUCCUCUCUUCAUUUCUGCUUCUACUGCAGAAGCCAUGGCGGCAGAGGCCUCCAGGUCGAGUUCAUCGGCCGAUUCGUACAUCGGGAGCUUGAUUAGCUUGACAUCGAAGAGUGAGAUCAGAUACGAGGGUGUUCUGUACAACAUCAACACCGAGGAGUCCAGUAUUGGCUUGAGGAACGUGAGAUCAUUUGGAACAGAAGGACGGAAAAAGGAUGGUCCCCAAGUUCCACCCAGUGACAAAAUUUAUGAAUACAUAUUAUUCCGUGGAAGUGACAUUAAGGAUUUGCAGGUUAAAUCUUCUCCCCCUGUUCAGACUACACCAUCUAUUAACAAUGAUCCAGCUAUCAUUCAGUCUCACUAUCCUCGCCCAGCUUCGACAUCUACAAGCUUGCCUGCUGCUGUUAGUGGAUCUUUGACAGAUCUUAGUUCGCAUAAUGGCCAGUUGGGACAUGCUGGGUCUAAUUUUCAAGGUGGUUUGCCUUUAUAUCAACCUGGUGGGAAUUUAGGGUCCUGGGGUCCUUCACCUCCUCCUCCCAAUGCAAAUGGCAGUGGCCUUGCCAUGCCAAUGUAUUGGCCAGGAUUUUAUGCCCCUCCAAAUGGGCUUCCUCCUUUGCACCAGCAAUCUUUGCUUCGGCCGCCACCUGGGCUGUCAAUGCCUCCUUCCAUGCAACAGCCAUUGCAAUAUCCAGGUUUCAAUGCCUCCUUGCCAGCAGGAGUUUCAAACCUGCCUGCCUCAAACUUAACAGAGUUUCCUCCUCCUCUGCUUACAACCAGUACUGGUUCCCUUAAUUUAACUUCUACCUCUUUAUCAUCCUCACCUUUGCCAUCAACUCUGCCUCCUGUUCCAUCAGCUACAUUGGCUUCUGAAACACUGCCUGCUUUGAUACCAAAUAAGACUCCUAGUUCUGCUACCCCAGCAUCAUCACUAAGCACUAGUUUGGUGCCACUGUCACCUUUGAUUACUACUAAUUCAGAUGUAAAUGCCAUUAUACCACCAAUCUCCAACAAGCCUAAUGCAAUCCCUAAUCCAUCCUUGCCAUAUCAAGCCAUGUCCCAAUCUGUGCCACCUAUUCUUGGUACAUCCAGUUCAAGCCAGAUAGAAACUCCAGCACCUUCACUAGUAACCCCAGGUCAACUGUUACAGUCUGGGCCUGCCACAAUUUCUUCAUCACAAUCUGCACAAACUGCUCAUAAGGAUGUGGAGGUAGUUCAAGUCACAUCUUCAACAUCGACAGAGCAAUCCGUGCCAGUUUCAAAAGACGAUCAGCCUCCAAUUUUGCCAUUACCAGCACCUGCACGGGCUGGUCAAAAGUUGAAUGGAGCUCCUUUUCAAAAUCGCCAUGGUUACAGAGGACGUGAAAGAGGAAGAGGAUCUGGGGGCUCGCGUCCAGUGACAAAAUUUACUGAAGAAUUUGAUUUCAUGGCAAUGAAUGAGAAAUUCAAGAAGGAUGAAGUAUGGGGUCAUCUUGGCAAAAAAUCUCAUUCAAAAGACAAAGAAGAAGAUGUGAAAGUCAGCGAUGAAGAAGAAUUCCAAGCUGAGGAGGAUGCUGAGUUACCAAAGAUUGAUAUUAAGCAUGUCUACAAUAAGGAUGAUUUUUUCGACACACUGUCUUGCAAUGCACUUGGUCAUGAAUCUCACAGUGGAAGGACCAAGUUCUCUGAGCAAAUGAAGAUAGACACUGAGACUUUUGGUGAAUUCUCAAGGCAUCGGGGUGGUCGAGGGGGGCGUGGACCUAAUCGUGGAGGGCGAUCUCGAGGUCCGUAUUACGGAAGGGGUUAUGGCUAUGUUGGGAGGGGCCGAGGCCGGUCCAUGCCAAACCGUGCUCCCUAGACUCUUUGGUGUUGGCAAUUGUUGGUAAAACCCAAACCCCUAUUGCCCAUCAAAACGGCAAUCUGGUUUAGGAUUAUGACUGUAAUUUUUGUGCCUUGAAAGAGCUUUGUUGUCCAGCAAAUAAGAGAAGGAUAUGUUUUGUGAUUUAAUAGGCUUCCGCUCUAUCAACAAUCCUUUCAUGGAGCUGGUCAAGAAGAAUCUGGUUUCAUCUUAACAGAAUUAUUAGUGCAUCCGUAAUGUAAUGUCUUAACCA